GUUAAGACGAGAUUGAAACCACCAACACCAGUAUUUUCUUAGGUUGAGCAGUUCAAGAUGAUGAUGGUACAGAGCCCCCAGAAAAGCCCUCGAAAAAACAAAGAGCAAACAACUCCCGAAAAGGGCAGCAAGCGAGCAAAGCCCCCUCCGCCGCCCUUCUUCGCUCCCAGGAAUCCUGCGCCGUCCAGCGCAAUCCCGUCCUCGUCGCCGGCUUUUGGGACACCAGCCCAUCCUUUGAAGCCGUUUCAGCCUCCAGUGCCCGCGAAAGCAGCCGUGCUCCCCAUCAUCCUUCCUCCCGCGACGCUUCGUCCUCUCGCAUUCCGGACCUUCACCAAGAAACACGGCUUGACGCUAACAUCAUCCGCUCUCCAAGAGUUCGCAUCUUUUAUUGGAAGGCACUGCGGCUCAGGAUGGAGAGAAGAAGGCCUCGCCGAGAAGGUCCUGGACGAGGCAGCGAAAACGUGGAAGAAUCGCAAUGGGGGCGUCAUUGUGGAAGGAACCAGCCCGGAGCUGAAGGACAUCCUGAAGAACUUGGAGGGCAAUAUGAGCGGCGGCAAGAUCAUCAGCGGUUCAAGAGGCAUUAGUCGCCAGAAUAGCUUGUUGCUAGAGCCCACUGACGAAUCUGACCACUCCAAGACCAGACUGGGUUUGAGACCAACCCUGUCGCUGACACGAGACGACAGCCAGUCCAGCUUCGGAAUGUCCGAUAUGGCCGUUGAUGAGGAACCGGAUGACGAGGGGUUGAAGGACAUCAGGAGAUGGCUAAAGGUCAUACAUGCAUUUGAUCAACCGCGAUACACAUAUAACGUUGCCAAGAAGCAUUUUGAAAAAACAAAUACCAAGGCAUCUAUUCUGCCGGCCGCCUCCCACAAGACGGAAGCCUUUCGCAACCGAUUCAACGUCAUACAUCAAAGGCUUCUUCGCAAUGAAGCCUUCCAGACCUCGGCCGUCGCCAGCGCUAGGUGUGCCUCCCUCCGUCGAGCCGGAUCGUCAUCGGCGAUGCAAUCGCACAAAAUCACGCCCAUCGCCAACCUCCUUGGCCGUCACGGCACGACCCAUAUGCUUCUCGGGAUGCUGGUCAUCUUGCCAACGGGCAACCUGGCAAUCAGUGACCUGACGGGCACUAUUGCGCUGGAUCUAUUGCAUGCAGUCGCUAUUCCGGAGGACUCGGCUUGGUUCACACCAGGCAUGAUUGUCUUGAUUGACGGCGUCUACGAGGAAGAGGAAGAGUCUACCGGCAAGGGGCUUAGUGGCAGUAGUGGAGUGGGAGGCACUAUUGGCGGCCGUUUUCAAGGCUUCUUCGUCGGCCAGCCCCCUUGCGAAAAGAGACGGGCAACACUGGGAGUCAGCGGGCCGGACGGAGGGCCCGAUCACACCAUCGGAGGCGGCUUCGGGUGGAUCGACUUCCUCGGUGUGGGCAGUGAACGCGCUGUGGGCUCUCGGAUGCGCAGGCUCGAGCAGCGGCUGCUACGUCAGCCAGCUCUUGCCGAUCCGGACAGCCUAGGGCGCGGCCGGGUGGUUAUUUUGGGCGAGCUGAAUCUCGACCAGCCGCGCAGUUUGCAGGCGCUCAGGAAGAUCCUUUCCCUAUACUCCACCGACCCGGAAGGUUCAACACCCAUGGCUUUUGUCCUCACUGGCAAUUUCACCACGCACGCCGUCAUGGCUCGCGGGGGCAGCGGCGGGAGUAUCGAGUACAAGGAGUUCUUUGACGCCUUGGCCUCGACACUAGCCGACUUCCCCAUGCUCCUGACAACGGCAACCUUCAUCUUCGUGCCCGGAGACAACGACGGGUGGGCGUCGGCCUUCGCAGGGGGCGCCGCCGUCCCGCUGCCGAGAAAGCCCGUACCUGCCCUGUUCACGUCCCGCAUCAGGCGGGUAUUCGCGGCAGCCAACGCCGAAGCGGGCUUCUCAGGCAGCGACGGAAAGGGCGGCGAGGCCAUCUGGACCACCAACCCCAGCCGCCUGACGCUGUUUGGGCCCAACCACGAGAUUGUGCUAUUCAGGGACGACAUCUCAGCCCGUCUCCGGCGCGCCUCGGUCAGGCUCAAGACUAAAGCCGGAAGCAGUCCCGAUGAAGACGACUCUUCUUCUGGACAACAUGGCCAAGAACCCACCGACGUAACCAUGUCAGACAGCAACCCACCUACCGCAACCCAGCAAGACGCCACCCUGAUGGACAUGGACACGGAUAACCCUCCCACAAGAGCCGUGGACCAAACCAUCCCAAACAACAACAAGGACAAGGAAACACCGGAGGAAACGAUUCCCUACGACAUCCUAACCGCCAGGAAGCUGGUCAAGACGCUCCUCGACCAGGCCUACCUGGCGCCCUUCCGGCAGGCCGUCCGCCCCGUGCACUGGGACUACACCUCGGCCAUGUACCUGUACCCGCUGCCGACGGCCGUGGUGCUGGUCGACACGACGGCGCCCGCGUUUUGCGUCCGCUACGAGGGCUGUCUGGUCAUGAACCCCGGCAGCGUGCUCGUCGCGGGGCGCAGGGGCGUGGCUAGGUGGGUGGAAUAUGAUUUGGGUAGGGUUGCGGGGGGGGUCGGGAAGGUGAGGGAGUGCACUUUUUAG